AAGCAGAUACUGGCAAGCAGGUAGGCAGAAGCAAGGACGAGUAUAGUACUGCUGGUAGUAAGAAGUUAUCGAUACUCGUGUGUGCUUCUCAUAGUCGGUCGCUCCGUGCGUUUCUUGCUCGCGCCCAUUGACGCGUGUUGGUAUAGCAACGACGCGUGAGUGUCGGCACAAAUCUGGAAUCGCGUUAAAGCGUGUAGUGGUGCGCGAACGCUCGAACAAAGUGGUUCAUUCGGUGUUCUCGUUAUUUUCUCAUUGUUACCGCCACCGCCGCCUCUCGUCCCUUUUCAAUUCGUUUAAUAACAAUCACAUUUGUUGGUGAGAGAAAUUCCGUGAGAAAAUACGCGGGUCGAAUAAAAAAAGUGUGUCUGUUUAUUCAUCAAUUGGAUAUAUUAUUGCGAAAAGAUGUCAACGAACUUGCGAUAGUCCUUGGUACACGACGAGGAUGAUGGGACCGUGCGGAAGCGUAGCGGAGAUGUGCCGGUACUCGGUAUCGAAAUCCGAAAAAAAAAUUGGGAGAGAAUGAGAGGAGUCGGAGGCGGAGGAGCAGCAGUAGCAGUAGCAGUAGCAGCCGCAGUAAGAUCAGCAAGAGAAAGAUCGGCGUGACAUGGCGCGAUCGAUAUGGAGGACAUUGAUCCUCCUGACGGGGCUGUUGAGCCUGACGGAGGGUUACUUGGCCGUGGUAUCGUCCGAGCUACCGCCGGGAACCCUCGUUUUUGACUCCGGAGUGCCUCAGCUGGGUGGGCGCCGAAAAUACGAAGUUUCGGCGGACCGGACGGCUCGGUUCGCUCGAAAAUUGUUGAGGGUGAAUCCGCACAACGGGCGGGUGACACUCGCCAGGAGUCUCAACUGCGACGGACUCCAGUAUCCGCGACUUUUUACCUUUUACAUCGACUCGACGAGCACGCGGCUCGGCCGGCCGAUCAUAGAUUAUUACAGUUUGCCGCUUCGCGUUCUGAUAACAGGUUGCGGUGGGGAAAAUCAAGACCUCGCCGCAACGAAGGGAUGGAUGGCCGAGACAUUGGCUUCGUACGCGAUGCCGAGUAACGACAAGUUCACCGAGAUAUGCCUGAGGAGUUCACAAUUCGUGGCGGCCCUGCGAGACUUUUUGCCCCACACGGCUAUCAAGGAGUGCGAAACCCGAUGGGGAGGGGUCGCCGAUUCGCGUUUUCUCGUUGAAGGAGCGGCGGGGGAUCUGGUCUCGUCGGCGGAACAAUGUCUGGUUGACCCGAUGUGGAAAAUAUCGGUCUCGAUGAGCCUGAGAUGCGGCUCGAGUCAUCUGGCCGAUGCGGAGCACCGUUUGAAAAUAAUAUUCCAUCAUCAGCAGCUGGACGAUACGGACCUCGGUCGCAGGGUCAGACGAGAGCUUCGAAACAAAUCCCCGUUCUUCGAGCACGGGCUUUACAUCGCCGCGGUCGAAGAGGAGAAAGAACCGGGUGAGCCGGUGACGGUCGUGAGGGCCAAAGAUCCGGAGGGCGGUAUGCUCCGUUACACGAUGAUGUCGCUUCUCGACGCGAGAUCGGGCGCUCUCUUUCUCCUUGAUUCUCAGACGGGCAGAGUGACGACGCGGGCCCGCCUCGAUCGGGAAAACGUCGAGGUCCAUUACUUCAAGAUACUCGCGGUCGACGACGCUUUUCCACCGAGAACCGGCACGACGACGCUCCAAGUGAACGUCCUCGACGCCAACGAUCACGCGCCGAGCUUCGAGCUCCUCGAUUACGAGGCACCGAUCAGAGAGGGAGUGCCGCUCGGUUCAACCGUAAUCGCGGUAAAAGCGACCGACAAGGACGUCGGUCGUAACGCCGAGGUCGAGUACUCGAUCGUCUCGACGACGGGCGGUGGUAUGACCUCGCUCACCGAAGACUCCGCAACCUUUCGAAUAGAUCCGCGCUCCGGGAUCGUUACGACGAGGAUGUCCCUCGAUCGAGAAAAAACUGAGGUCUACACGCUCAUAAUAAGAGCCUCCGAUCUCGCGAACGCACCGACCGCGAGGCAAACCGCCUCGACCACCCUCGUCGUCCGUGUCCUCGACGACAACGACAAUUAUCCACAAUUUUCAGAGCGCACGUACUCGGCGACGGUACCGGAGGAUCUCGAUUACACGACGAAUCCCGUAGUUGCGAGGAUACGGGCCAGCGACGCCGACAGCGGAUCAAACGCCGCCAUAAGAUACACCAUCAUCGGUGGCAACACCCAGAAUACAUUUUCGAUCGAUUCACCGAGCGGAGACGUGAGCCUCGUAAAGCCCCUCGAUUACGAGAGCACCGAACUCUACAGAAUCGUCAUAAGGGCGCAGGACGGCGGUGCACCGACGAGAUCCAACACGACUCAGCUGAUCGUCCACGUCAAGGACGUCAACGACAAUCCGCCCCGGUUUUUCACGAGUUUGCUCCAAGAGGCCGUUUCCGAAUCGGUACCGGUCGGGACGUCGGUCCUUCGGGUUCAAGCCUACGACGGCGACAAGGGUCUCAACGCCCUUAUCAAAUAUUCCAUCGGAGCGAGAGAUCUGUCGGGUGCCUCGACCGAGAAUUUUCCAAUAGCCGUUAAUUCCGAGACCGGUUGGAUCCACACGACGAGGCAAUUGGAUCGCGAACAGUGCACCCGGUAUCAAUUCACAGUUUUGGCGACCGAUUCGGGGGAGCCACCGAAAUCCGGUAGCGCGACGGUCGUUCUGAGCAUCACCGACGUCAACGACAACGAUCCCCGAUUCGAGCCGAGGAAUUACGAAGCCGUUGUUUCCGAGGACGAUCCACCGGGGACUCCCGUAGCCUCGGUAACCGCGACCGAUCCGGACGAGGACACCAAGAUUCAUUACGACAUUACGGCGGGCAAUACCCGAGGCAGAUUCUCCAUAACCUCGCAGAACGGUGGCGGACUCGUAACGGUCGCCCAACCGUUGGAUUACAAGCAAGAGAAGAGAUUUGUACUGACCGUGACGGCUGCUGAUUCGGGAGGGCGGACCGACACCGCCCUCGUCUACGUCAACGUAUCGGACGCGAAUAAUUUUGCUCCCGUCUUCGAGAACGCGCCGUAUUCGGUGCCCGUAUUCGAGGACGCUCCGGUCGGCACGACCGUUCUCGUCGUCAGUGCCACCGAUUCGGACGUCGGUCAAAAUGCCCGAAUAACGUACAGCCUGGGAAGCGAAGGCAACGACCACCAGCAGGAUAUCGCCGAAUUUACAAUAAACUCGCAGACCGGAGCGAUAACGACGACCAAAAGCCUCGACCGUGAGAAAAUAUCGGGAUACGUGUUGACGGUUACGGCGAGGGACGGAGGCGUCCCGCCGCUCUCGGACACGACCGAGGUCGAAAUAUCCGUUACGGACGUCAACGACAACGCACCGAUCUUCGAGGCGAGCCAGUAUCAAGGAUCCGUACCGGAAGACGUCGUCGUUGGAACAUCGGUGACGAGGGUCUCGGCAACCGACGCCGAUCAGGGUCUCAACGGUCGCGUCAGGUAUACCUUCGAGGACGACGGUGACGGGGCAUUCGCCAUUGACUCGACGACCGGUACGGUCAGAACGGCCAAACAAUUGGACCGCGAAUCCGUCGCGAGAUACAAUUUGAAAGCUCUCGCGAUCGAUCGCGGAAUACCGUCGCUCUCGUCGAGCGUACCGAUAAUCAUCAAAAUCGAGGACGUCAACGAUUCACCGCCGGCCUUCGAGAGCGACAAGAUAGUACUUUUUAUAGCCGAAAAUUCACCGAUCGGCUCGAGCGUCGGUGAGAUUUACGCCCACGACCCGGACGAGGGUCCGAACGCCGCCGUUCAAUAUUCCAUAAUAGGCGGCGAAGACGUCAACAGUUUUUCCCUCAUAGCUCGACCUGGUUCGGACCGCGCCGAACUGACGACCCGCGAGGAGUUGGAUUACGAGUCACCGAGGAAAAAGUUUGAAAUAUUCGUACGCGCCUCCUCGCCGCCCUUGAGAUCGGACGUUCUCGUUCAGAUAAUGGUGACCGACGUCAACGACAACGCACCCGUACUCAAAGAUUUUCACAUCAUAUUCAAUAACUUCAAAGACUUCUUCCCGACGACGCCGAUCGGCAGGAUACCCGCUUUCGACGCCGACGUCACCGACAAACUCGUGUACAACAUUCUUGCUGGCAAUACCGCUAAUUUGAUAAACCUCAACAGAACGAGCGGUGAAAUAAGCCUUUCGCCUCAGCUGAACACGAACGUGCCUCGGGUCGCGACGAUGGAAGUGUCCGUGACAGAUGGCGUCAACGAGGCAAAAGCCACGAUGACUCUCUCGAUAAGACUCAUUACCGACAAGAUGCUGUUCAAUUCUAUAACCGUCAGACUGGACGACAUGACCGUCGAGGCUUUUCUCAGUCCCCUUUUGGGAUACUUUCUCGAUGGUCUCGCCGCAAUAAUUCCGUGUCCCCGUGAAAAUAUAUUCAUAUUCAGUAUUCAAGAGGACACCGAUGUCAAUGGGAAGAUAUUGAACGUCAGUUUUUCAGCGAAGAGGGUCGAGCCCGGCAACACCGACGAGUUUUACACGCCGCAGUUUCUUCAAGAGCGCGUUUAUCUCAAUCGCGGAAUUUUGGCCCGCCUGGCGGUCGUCACGGUGCUCCCGUUCGACGACAAUCUUUGCGUGAGGGAGCCAUGUUUGAAUUUCGAAGAGUGCCUGACCGUCCUCAAGUUCGCGAAUGCUUCCGGAUUCGCGAGCAGCGACACCGUAUUGUUCAGGCCAAUUUAUCCGGUUACGACUUUCUCGUGCGAGUGUCCGAGGGGCUUCACCGGGAGCCGAGAGGCUUAUCUGUGCGACGUCGAGGUCAACCUGUGCUACUCGAAUCCCUGCAGGAACGGAGGGACGUGCGAGCGUCGCGAGGGCGGUUACACGUGUGCCUGUCCGCCCGAUUUCACCGGUCCCGAUUGUGGGAUUUCCCUCGAGAGCGACGACUGCCCGACCGAGGAGGAGUCCGUUUGCUCCGGCGGAUCGCGGUGCGUUACCAGAACGAUGGGCGAUGGAUUUAUUUGCGAGGGUUGCCCGAUCGCGGCACUGGAGAGCGUGACGCCCUUUUGCGAGCUCAAAUCCCGCAGUUUCGGACCUUCCACAUUUCUGACCUUCGCCUCGCUCAAACAGCGUCAUCGUCUCAAUAUUCGCAUGAGAUUCGCUACCGAAUCGCACGACGGACUUCUCCUCUACAACGGCCGGUACAACGAGAAGCACGAUUUUAUCGCCCUGGAGAUAAUCGACUCGAAGAUACAGUUCAGCUUCAGCCUCGGCGACGAGAUAACUCGCGCGAGCGCAACGAUACCUGGCGGCGUCUCGGACGGUCAAUGGCACGAGGUACGGGUGACCUACAUCAACAGAACGGUCGUCGUGUCACUGGACGAUUGCGACGUCGCCCUGGCUCUCAAAUACGGCGACAGACUCGGCGAAAAGUGGUCCUGCGCCGGUAGGAACGAGCAAAUUCUUGAGCCCCGCUGUUCCCAUCCUACGGAGACCUGUCAUCGUUUCCUCGACCUCACGGGCCCCCUCCAACUCGGCGGGUUACCCUCCAUACCGUCAAACUUUCAGAUACGGAACAAAGAUUUCAUCGGAUGCAUCGGUGACGUACGGAUCGACGAUCGUUUCGUCGAUCUGAACUCGUACGUCGCCGACAACGGGACGAUCGCCGGAUGCCCGGAGAAAAAAGCCUUCUGCGAGUCGCUGUCCACCCCUUGCUACAACGGCGGCAAGUGCAGGGAAAUCUGGUCCGGUUACGUGUGCGAGUGCGAGGAAGGAUUCGCCGGACCUCGGUGCACGGACGAGGUCGGCAAACCCUGGAGAUUCAACGCCGAUGGUCUUCUCAGUUUCAAUCCCCUACUCAGGCCCAUACAACUCCCGUGGACGACCGCGCUGAGCUUGCGUACGCGGGGGGACAACGCCUUCGUGAUGAGCAUUCAAAUCGGCCAAAAUAGCUCGGCGAUGUUUUAUCUCGAAAAGGGUAAACUCUCAACGUCGUUGGACGGCGCUGAUAUCAUUUCGACAACGGUCCCGAUAAACGAUGGCGAAUGGCACAGAAUAGAAAUCAUCUGGCAGAGCGGUCACGUGUCUCUCGAUAUCGAUUAUCGCAACAGACCAACCGUUUCACCGCUACUCGCGAAGCUUCAAGGUCUCUACGUCGGGAGAAUUCUUCUCGGUGGACCCGAUCAAUCGAUCAUGACGGAUCUGUUGUUCUUCGACGGCUGCAUCCAGGAUCUUCGCAUCGGUACCAAUCAGAGCGUGCUCCAACGUCCCACCGUUCAGGAAAACGUUGGCCUUGGAUGCGACACGGAGACGGAGUGCGCCGCCGAUUGCCCCGGCGAAUCUUCCAUAUGCGUCGCUAAGUGGCGAUCCAGCGAAUGCGUCUGCGGCCCGGGCCGAGUCGGCCAUAAUUGCGAGCCCAUCUGCGAUGUCAAUCCUUGCCACAGUGACUCCGGCAUGUGCGUCGACGAUCCACGCUCCAGGACGGGUUACCGUUGCGAGUGCACAACGGACGAGUAUUCCGGCGAAUAUUGUGAGGUGAGGGUGGAUCAGCCGUGUCCAGCGACAUGGUGGGGCUCGCCGGUUUGCGGUCCGUGUCACUGCGACGAGUCCAAAGGCUACGAUCCCUCGUGCAACAAAACGACGGGGGAAUGUUAUUGCAAGGAGAAUCAUUAUCAACCGGCCGGUCAGGAGGAGUGCAUUCCCUGCGGAUGUUACACGGUUGGAAGCUUCGGAGGACGUUGUAACAAGGAAACUGGACAGUGUAGAUGCCGGACCGGUGUCAUAGGAAGAUCGUGCACCAAUUGUCCAAAUCCGUAUGCCGAGGUUACCGAGGAAGGCUGCAAAGUCGUGUACGACGGCUGUCCGCGCUCCUUCUCGAUGGGUCUCUGGUGGCCGAGAAUUAAAUUCGGCACCACCGCUAUAGAAGAUUGUCCGGGCACGGCCGAAGGAAAAGCAUCGCGAUCUUGCGACGAUAAUUCAAGCGGUUGGCGAAGCCCGGAUCUCUUCAAUUGUACCUCCGAAGCUUUUAUCGAGCAGCGACACAAAUUGGCCGCCCUCGAGAAAGGUCAGUUCGAGCUGGAUCGCGAUACAGCCGUGAGAAUAGCGAUGGAACUUCACAAAGCGGUUAACGAGACGAGAAACAUGUACGGGGCGGAUAUCCUCGUCGCUGAGUCGCUCUUGACCGCUCUCCUCCACUAUGAGGAGAGCCUUGCCGAUCUCGGUUUGACUCAUAAUCAAGACAAGGACUACGUGCCACAUCUCGUGGGUAUAGCCGGUAUGAUAUUGACCAAGAGGCAUCUCGAUAAUUGGAAGAAAAUAGAGACUCUCAAUGGGGAUACUCCUGACAAGAUUUUGGAUGCGAUGGCACGGUAUUUGAAAAUUCUCACGGGUUCUCAGCACAAUACGUUUACCGAGCCUUUCGAAGUUGUCGAUACCAACGUCGUGAUGGGUCUCGACACCGUCACUUCCGAGAGCCUGUUUGGCUACGAAAGCACCGAGUACCGAGAAGACACGAGUCUUUCCACUCAAAGACCUACCGAAGCAGAUCGCAAAGUUAUAUUACCCGAUACAUCAGCAUUUCUCACUUCUCCACCGCACCUCGGUCCUUAUAUAAGCUUUCCCAAAUACAACAAUUACAUGGCGGAUCCACAAAGAUUCGACCCCUACUCGAAAAUUCGUGUUCCGCUGAGCCUCCUUGGAAUCAAACCCUUGACGCAGGGUGAACUCAACGACCAGGAUACUCGAAACAACGAUAAAGCCGUCCUCAGUUAUGUUCAAUACAGGGAACUCGGAGCUCUAUUGCCCAAAAGUUUCGAUGAUUCUGUCAACCUUCGAUGGGGAGUCGAAGUGGCCGUUGGAUCACCGGUCGUUACAAUAUCGAUUCUAGUCCCCACGGAAAAUGGCACAAGAUCUUUGAUGACCGGUAAUACGUUGCAAUCGUCACCGCCAGUUCAAAUACAGUUGUGGAUUAUCGAAGAUGACGGAGUUAAGAGACGAGCAAAUCCUCAAUGUGUGCACUGGAGUACGGUUCGAGGAAUUGGAGAAUGGAGUCGUAUCGGAUGCACGACCGAAAUCGAGGACACAACCAUCGCCGGGCGUCGAAUGGUCAAUUGUUCGUGUCAGGGAGUGAUCCUCGAAGUACGAAAUCUUCAAUUGGCGACAUUCGCCGUUCUAACAGAUGUUCUCGACCUCGAAUACGUUCCGGAGCCUUCGCUUCUCGAAGAUGUAACCAGUUACAGUGCCUUUAUGCUGGCGUUACCCCUGUUGCUCUCAGCGUUGCUGAUCCUCGGUCUCAUACGAGGCGGCGGCACCAAUUCGAACAGCAUCCACGAGAAUUUAGUAUUUUGCGUUCUACUCGCCGAGAGCCUUUAUCUCGUCGCGCUCAAAGCUCGCGGACCUCUUGUCUCGAACGUUUUCCCAUGCAAAUUAAUCGCAAUAGGCCUCCACUACGCUUGGCUAUCGACGUUCGCUUGGACCCUCGUCGAUUCGAUCCAUCUCUAUCGAAUGCUCACGGAAAUGCGAGACGUCAAUCACGGACAGAUGAGAUUCUACUACACCAUAGGUUAUGGCUUGCCAGCCAUCAUCGUUGGUCUGACCAUUGGCGUACGCGCCGAUCAAUAUGGAAACUUUUACUUCUGCUGGUUGUCGAUCUAUGAGACGGUCGUUUGGGCUCUGAUAGGUCCGGUAUGCGCUGCGGUACUAAUCAAUUUCUGCGUGCUCGUGAUGUCGGUUCGCGCAGCGUUCACACUCAAGGAGCACAUUAUGGGUUUUGGGAAUCUUCGUACGCUCUUGUGGCUGUCGGUCGCUUCGUUACCUUUACUCGGUACAACUUGGACCCUGGCUGUUCUCAAUGCUUCAGAAAAUUCUCCUAUGCUCUCGUAUCUGCUGAGCGUAGCGAUCGUCACGCACGCGGCCUUCAGUCUCAUCGGUUAUUGUUUCGUGAACGGUCGUGUGCGUAGGAAUUUGUAUCUAAGUCUACUGAGAUGCGUUGGAAAAAAAUCCCCGCUGCUCGACGCUAGUACCGGCAAUGCAAGCAGCAGUCAAAACGUCAACGGUCAAUCGAGAUCGGCAUUGGCGUAUUCGUCAGCGUACAGCGGUGCCGGUGAGUCGGGCACCGGCUGUAGAAGAGUUCACGUAGGUGUAUCGACGAGCAGCACGACUUCGCGAAGCACAACCAAAACUGGUUCCAGUCCGUACAGGAGCGAUGCUCAUUUGCGUCACACCUCAACCUCGACGAGCAACUACAACAGCGAUCGCGAUCCUUACGUGACAACAUCGCGGAGUCGUCACGCGACAUUGCACUCGAGACAAGAAUCAGGUAAAGAUUCGUCCGCUCGUGGAGAACGAAGAGACUCUGAAUCGGACAGCGAUGCGUCGCAGGCAGACGAGGCUGGUGGUGGCAGAAGUUUGGAUCUUGCAAGUUCGCACAGUUCUGACGACGAGGAUGUUACCUCGAGAUCGCACAAAAAUAUGGGAGUUUCCACCCAACAACCCGUAUCGCACACUUACUUGCCGAACAUUCACGGGAAUCCCGGCCAGCACCUAAACAUACUUUGCUCAAAUUCUGAAUUAUUUCCAAAUAUAAAACCGAUCUACGCGCCUCGUUGGAGCUCCCAACUCCCGGAAGCCUAUUUGCCCUCGUCCAAUGACAUACGAACGAGUCAAUGGUCCGGCGGUACUAUAUCGGACAACGAGAUGGCCUCCAAUAAAACUUCCAGUCCAAACCCUUUGCCUUAUCCGGACAUGAGUUCGCCCCAAAAGUUGGCUCAACAAGACGACAAUUGUUCCGAGAGCGAAGAGAAGCAUCAUCACUUGGGAGAAAAAUAUUUGUUCCCUUACACAGCCGAGGAAGAUCAUACCGUAUCGCCGACGCCUUACAUGCUCUCGAUGUCCUCGCGCAUACUCGGCUCGAGUCUGAGCCACCAUUCGCAAAAUUCAAAUCACGAUAAUCACAGCAGCUCCGAGAGAUACGGCAGUUUGAAGAGAGGUCAAACUCUCCACGGAUCCCAUCACGACAAUCUCGGUACUCCCGAGAGAUAUGGUAGUCUCAAGCGAGGCAAACUCGGUUCAAGUAUUUUGGAGGAUGCUCCAGAGUACAUUCUCCCGAUGAGCGGCAGAAUACUUUCGAGUUCGCUUAACCACGAUUUACAUCACAGUAACGAGCUUGCAGCUCUCAGGCAACAACAGUCGCACCAUCACCAUCAGCAGCAGCAGCAGCAGCAGCAGCAGCAAGUUCAACAACAUUACGAGCAAACCAUUACGGAAACCGACGAAGAGGAAGGAUACUAAUGCCGAGACACCGGUCUGAAGGACUCCGUCUACACGAAAAUACCGUACAAAGUAAUUACCUUAGGCUUGGCCAUUUCAAUGCAAUUUGAACCAACCAAAAAUGGCAAGCGCAUAGAGAAGAAAUAGAUCUAUAUAUAUUAUAUAUAUAUAUAUAUAUAUUUUAAGCAGCGGCCAUGACUGUACUUUGAAGAUGAUGUAUUUUAGCCAUAUUGAUAAGCACGUAUGUGUGAGUGCCUGUUCGUAUAAGCCUAAAAUUUAACUCAAUUAUCGUCGAUGUAUUUAGCUCGAAUUAUUGCAGUUUUUAAAAUUUAGCCGGGCUCAUCGGCGAUCGUCGUGCGAUCGCACAUGCGACGAUCGCAACGACUGGCCAAACCCGGCCGAAAAUGACGGAUCUCUAGCUCAUUACAUCAUUCAUGUCUAUUCGUACUACUAUUCAUUCCCAAGCUCAUUCGCGUAAUUUAACUUUUAGUAUUACACCAUGUGCAAUGUAAACAUUCCACACAACCUCUUUUUUAUUUUUUGAGUAUAUCGUGAUUUUUACUCUUUUCUAUCCAACUUUUGAGAUUUUAUACAAAUCCUUUUGGAUAUGCCAACAACUUAAUUUUAGCUGACGAUCGUGUACAAAGAACGUACGCUGCAUAAUACUCAAGACGUAAAAAAAACUUUUGUAUAUAUUUAUACGAAGAAACAUGACAAAAUACAUAAUUUAUAUAUAUAUAUCCUAAA